UUAACUCUUUUCUUCACUCUUUAAAUUGUUUAGAUUAUAAUUAAAUGAAACUAAGAGAAUAUUGUUAUGCUAGCAGCCCCUGAGCUAUUAUAUAUAAAAACGAAGGAAUAAAACAAGAUCUAGUUCUGACAUUAAUAUGGAUCAUCAAACUCAGGACACAAACCAAGAUUUCUGCUAGAGGAAAAAGCAUUUCCUCCAUGUUCAAGUUUUGAGCAUCUUCAGAGCUGUGGAGAGAAAGAAAAUGUCACCAUUCAUGAAGUUCUUCAACUUUCUUUAUGAUUCCCUCCCACCUUUCUCUUGGUUUCUGGUCCAAAGACACAACUUAGCAUCAUCCUCAGAGACAGAUGAGGUUGUUAGAAGUGGCAUUAUUGGAGAAAUUAUAUACAUUUGGAAGGAGACAAGAAUCUUUGUCUUUAUACCAAUCUUGAAGUUCUUAGUGACAAUGUGUCUGGUGAUGUCAUUUUUGCUAUUCAUAGAAAGAGUUUAUAUGAGCGUAGUUGUAGUGGUUAUCAAAUUACUUAGAAGAACCCCUGAGAAAGUACACAAAUGGGAAGCUAUAAACGAUGAUGAUCUUGAGUUAGCACACACAAACUACCCAAUGGUUCUUAUUCAGAUCCCAAUGUACAAUGAAAAAGAGGUGUGUCAGUUAUCUAUAGGAGCAGCCUGCAGGCUAUCUUGGCCGUUGGAUCGUAUGAUAGUUCAAGUUCUUGAUGAUUCCACAGAUCCAGCUAGUAAGGACCUGGUGAAUGCAGAAUGCGAUAAAUGGGCUAGAAAAGGUAUAAACAUAAUGUCGGAGAUUCGAGAUAACAGACUCGGAUACAAAGCAGGAGCGUUAAAGGCAGGAAUGAUGCACAACUAUGUGAAACAGUGCGAGUUUGUUGCCAUUUUCGAUGCUGAUUUUCAGCCUGAUCCUGACUUCUUGGCUCGAACCAUUCCUUUUCUAAUUCACAACCGUGAAAUCUCCCUUGUGCAGUGCCGUUGGAAGUUUGUGAAUGCAAACGAGUGUUUAAUGACAAGAAUGCAAGAGAUGUCAUUAAACUACCAUUUCUUGGCUGAGCAAGAAUCUGGAUCUUCAAUACAUGCUUUCUUUGGAUUCAAUGGAACUGCUGGUGUUUGGAGAAUCGCUGCUUUAAAUGAAGCUGGAGGAUGGAAAGAUAGAACAACAGUGGAAGACAUGGAUUUAGCUGUAAGAGCUUGUCUUCAUGGUUGGAAGUUUGUCUAUGUCCAUAACGUCGAGGUGAAGAAUGAAUUGCCAAGCACAUUCAAAGCAUACAGGUUUCAGCAACAUAGAUGGUCUUGUGGACCAGCUAACCUCUGGAGGAAAAUGACAAUGGAGAUUCUACAGAACAAGAAAGUGUCUGCAUGGAAGAAGUUGUAUCUCAUAUACAAUUUCUUCUUCAUAAGGAAGAUUGUAGUACACAUCUUCACAUUUGUCUUCUACUGUCUGAUCUUACCAACAACUGUGCUGUUCCCUGAGCUUGAAGUUCCUAAGUGGGCAACAGUUUAUGUUCCUAGUACAAUCACUCUCCUUAACGCUCUCGCUACACCUCGAUCACUCCAUCUUCUAGUGUUUUGGAUCUUGUUUGAGAAUGUAAUGUCUAUGCACCGCACAAAGGCGACGUUCAUCGGGUUACUAGAAGCAGGACGGGUUAACGAAUGGGUUGUUACAGAGAAACUAGGCGAUACACUCAAGUCUAAGUUAAUAGCCAAAGCUACAACAAAGCUCUAUACCAGAUUUGGAGAAAGAAUCAAUUGGAGGGAACUCGUUGUUGGGUUAUAUAUAUUCUGCUGUGGAUGCUAUGAUUUCGCCUAUGGAGGAUCAUAUUUCUAUGUUUAUCUGUUCUUACAGGCUUGUGCAUUUUUUGUUGCUGGAGUUGGUUAUAUUGGCACCAUUGUUCCUAUUGGUUAGAGAGACUUGGUUUUGAGAAACAAAUGUUUAUUUUCGCUACUGAUGUUAGAAUCAAAUAGAGAUUUGGAUGUUGGAUAAACAAUGUUAACUAUUUCAGUUUUCACACCCAAAUGUAUUACUACUAGUAACUGUUUAUGUUGUAAUGAUCCAAGAUGUGGCUGUGAAGGCUACAAGUGAAUCUCUCCUUAAUCA